AUGCGUGCUCUUUUAUCCCCAUUCAAACACAACAAAGAUUCGGUGAAGAAUGGCCAUCAGCGGGAGAACCCAACAACAACAGGAAUAGUCAACACAACGACUUCUUCUCCUUCUUCUUUACCAUUGGAUACUAUUAACGAUACAAAAGAGGCAGUCCAAGUUGAACGCUUUAAGGAAACUAUGCAGAAAGAAAUAGAUGAGCUGCAGAAAGAGAUAAUGGUUCGCAGUGAAGUGGCUGUACAAUUGGCUGAAAAAGUCAUCACACUUCGUUGUCAGUUGCAACGUCGUGAAGUUGAGUUAAAUACACUGAAAAGAACAGGAACAACAGACUUGGAAACUACUAUGGCUGUUCAUACUGGUAAUGAUAUUUCUGAUAGUCCAUCUGGUAAGGCCUCCACUGGCAGUACACAUUCCGCAGGAGAAGAGAAGAAUGGGAAUUAUGACAGGCGGGAUUCAAACAUAACUGGACCGUCUGAAGUAAUGGAGUCUCAUGUAAACAAUCAUAAUAAUAAUAGUCAUAGUAGUAAUAAUAAUAAUAAUAAUCAUAGUAAUAACUUGGAGUUGAGUGAAAGACUAGUAGAAAUGGAGACCCAAGUGGGAGUGUGGAAGCAGCGUGUGAAAGAGGCGUUAAAGAGCAGUCAAGGGAGGGAACGUUCUCUUCUCGCUGAGAAUAUCGCAUUAAAUAAAAAAUUACAGGAACUUCAGGGAAAAUUAAAUGAGGCGGCAUUUCAAAUGGAGGCUUCCGCCCUGCGAAGUGCACGACAUGGUUUAAAAAUAAAUUCUACCAGUCAAACAGAAGUUACGAUUCACCCUAGUGAUAACGACAAUGAUGAUGAUGAUGAUAAUAAUAAUAAUAAUAGUGAAAAUAAUGAUGACAAUGACAUCAACAUAAAAACAAAAAGUAAUAGUAUUAGCAACAGGAGCAGUUAUAAUAACCGAAAACGUUAUUAUCAAAGUCAUUCAAUACCAAUCAUAUCUCCAGCACGUGUAGAUUCCACAGAAAGUAAGCAAACAAUGGAAUCUACACUUGAGAUGAGUAGUAGUGGUGGUCUACUUACUAGCCCUCCAUUAUUUCCUUAUCCAUUACAGCCAUUUCAGGGAAAUCAUCAAAAUCUUUUUAGUCCAGUAGAAGUCUCUUCAUGUGAUCCCGCUAUUCGUACAGUAGUACCACCAUUUAUUGUUGCUGUUCAUUACAAUAAUGAUAAUGGUUGGAGUGUGCAGACAAAAGUACGUGUGGAGCCUGGAAUGACAGUCAUUCAAUUGAAAGAGUAUUGUUGUGUACAAUUUCAAGAGCGACAUCAACUGCAGUUAGACCAUAAUAAAUUAUGUGUUCGUUAUUAUCAUGAAAGAGCAAAAAGACAUGUGGUUCUUUCCCCUUAUCGUGAACUACACUCCUUUGCUCAUUUUCAGCAUUGUGAACGUGAGAAACUUCCUAUAGUGUUGUUUCUCAUUCCAGAAGAUAAUUUAUCUAAACUUGUGUACGAUACAAUGAACAAUACAAAAAUUUCACCCAUCGUAACUCCUCAUAAUCAGAAUGAGUGA